AUGAUUGUCUUGGAGUGGUUUUUAUUUGGCUGCCACUGGUCCACUGGGUCACCUUUCGCUGUAGCACCACCAAACAUCGGGAGAUUGCAUCCGGGAUCAUCAUGUCUUAAGAAGGUUUUUCUUCUCCUUAUGUUGGUCUUGCAGAUAUCUUUUGACUCGCACAAAGGAGGCAAAGAGAUCCUUCGGCGAUUGAGAAAUCGUUAUGGAACAUGCGGCGUGUGCUGGAAUGUCGCGGGUCGCCUGCACGUCACGCUGGGACUUCGCGGGUCGCUUGCCUGUGCACUAAGACAAACGCGCACGGGUAGUCGGGCACCUAGGAGCUGUGACGCGGCAUUGCACUGGUUGUACGGUUUGGUACGGCACUGGUCGCUGCCAGGCACGGCCUGA